AUGGCUUCGGUCAAGGCACCGGGCAACUUGCCACAGCUUGUCAAGUCUACCUUUGGCAAGGCACGCGCUAACGGUGACCUCCUCUACUUCCCAACACAGGUGACGGUGCUGGCGCCCACCUCGAUUCCGAAAGUGUUCAACCCGUUUGAAAACCCCGACAAGGGACUCCUCAUCGCCGAGCUAGCCCCCGAUCACAACCUCGUGUUAAACAAGUUCGCCGUUGUGCAGGAGCACUUUAUUCUCGCGACCAAGAGCUUCCGGGAACAAACGCACCUGCUUGACGCUAAUGACUUGGAAGCGACGUACGCGUGUAUAGCAGCGUACCACGACUCCGUCCCAGAGGCGGAGAUGGGCAGCGACGCGGGAGAGGGAGAGCUCUACGCCUUCUUCAACUCGGGCGAGUUCUCUGGCGCCAGCCAGCCGCACAGACACAUCCAGCUCCUACCCGUCGCCAGGAUGCGAGAGGGGAUCGAGGAGGGCAAGUGGGAUGUCCUUGCCAAGAGGCUCGUGGGAGAGAUUCAGGAUCUGCCCUUCACCGUCUUCGCCGCCGACAUUGAGCCUGGGAUGAGCGGUCAGGCUUUGCGCGACAUCUACUUGACCCUAUAUAGGCAGGCAUGCGCGUCUGUGGCGGCCCUCUUGAGCAAGGGGGACAUUGCUGACGGGGCAGAGGCCCAGACGGAAGGCCUGGCCCGCAUAAGCUACAAUAUGGCCAUGACGAGACAUGCCCUGAUCGUGUGCCCUAGAUUAUCCGAGGGUGGCGCCGUUUGGGACCAGGGCGAGGCUAUCGGAAAGGUCUCGUUCAACGGCACCGUGUUGGCCGGCACGGCACUCGUUAAAACCUCGGCGGAGUGGGAUGCGCUACGGAGCGACCCCGAGGCCUUAUUUAAUGUGCUUAAGACUAUUGGCGUUCCCAAAAGUUCGAGGAUAGAGUCAUAG